AUGUUGACCCAGCAGGGCGUGGCGCUGCAGAACUACGACAGCAAGCUGGUCAAAUGCAUAGAGGAGCUAUGCCAGAAGCAGGAGAAGCUGUGCCGGCAGAUCCAGCAGGAGGAGGACGAGAAACAGCGGCUGCAGAAUGAGGUGAGGCAGCUGACAGAGAAGCUGGCCUGCGUCAAUGAGAAGCUGGCCCGCGUCAAUGAGAACCUGGCACGCAAGAUUGCCUCUCGCAGUAAGUUCUACCAGACCAUCGUGGAGACGGAGGCCACCUACCUCAAGAUGCUGGAGAGCUCCCAGACUUUGCUCAGUGUCCUGAAGAGGGAAGCUGGGAACCUGACCAAGGCUACAGCCUCAGACCAGAAAAGUAGCGGUGGCAGGGACAGCUGACCAGACCAUGGGCAGGGCCUGCCUCUGUGCGCCCCUCAACUCAGCCCCAGCAAGUCUGUCCACAGAGUGUCUUCUUCCUGGCAGCAGCUGCCUUCUUUCACUGUCUCAAGUGCUCAGAGGGGCAGUUGCCAACCUCCACUGGCAUCAGUGACAAGCCUGGGGCACAGCCUGUGGGUCCUGGCUUCGUGCUCACACAGGCUAUGGGGAUGGUGGGCUCUAGGUCAGCUCUGCAAGGGGCCUGUCUCUGUGGCACCCACACUCCUGGGCUGCCAGGGAGGCCCUGGUUGUAGUCUGAGCACCAUGGGGGUCCCCUCAGCCAGCAGAGGCCCAGGGCAAGGGGCAGGGGUUCUCCUUCAUCCCAGAACCCAAACCUCGGAGCUCACCCCUGUGGCCUGUGACUGUCAGUAAAGAUUAUCUUUGUAAAA